UGUCAUCUUUGCAGCAAACUCCAAUAUGUCUAUACCGCCUUACAUGCUGAACCCGCAAUGGGCUCAGAUGAUGGCCCAACAGCAGGCCUACGCCGUCCAACAGGCGCAGGCCCAGCAGCAGCAUCAUCAGGCAGCGGCCGCUCAGAUGCACCACGCUCAGCAGUUGGCUGCCACCCAGAUGCAAAUACCGCCCCCGAUGGGUCACAUUCCACCACCCGGUCCACCCAAGCAGCCGGAUUUGGUGCUAACGGAGGAAAAGUUGAUUGAGAAGGCCCAAAAGUGGCAGCAGCUGCAGACGAAACGGUUCGCAGAAAAGCGAAAGUUUGGAUUCAUCGAUGCCCAGAAAGAGGAUAUGCCACCGGAGCACAUUAGAAAAAUUAUUCGCGAUCACGGUGAUAUGACUAGCCGGAAGUAUCGUCACGAUAAGCGAGUAUAUUUGGGAGCCCUGAAGUACAUGCCACAUGCAGUGCUGAAGUUGCUGGAAAACAUGCCCAUGCCCUGGGAACAGAUUCGGGAUGUACCGGUGUUGUAUCACAUUACUGGAGCGAUUACUUUCGUCAAUGAAAUACCGUGGGUGAUUGAACCUGUUUACAUCGGUCAAUGGGGCACAAUGUGGAUUAUGAUGCGAAGGGAGAAGCGUGAUCGUAGACACUUCAAGAGAAUGCGUUUUCCACCGUUCGACGACGAAGAACCUCCACUCGAUUACGCCGAUAACGUGCUUGAUGUCGAACCUUUAGAAGCCAUCCAAAUCGAACUGGAUCAGGAUGAAGAUGCCAGUGUGCACGAUUGGUUCUAUGAACAUCGGCCACUGAUUGGCACUCCGUACGUAAAUGGAUCCACUUACCGAAAGUGGAAUCUUUCGCUGCCGCAGAUGGCUACGUUGUAUCGUUUGGGCAAUCAGCUGCUGACCGAUUUGGUCGAUGGAAACUUUUUCUAUCUGUUCGAUCCCAAGAGUUUCUUCACUGCUAAGGCUUUGAACAUGGCCAUUCCAGGAGGACCAAAGUUUGAACCGUUGAUUAAGGACCAUAACGUCGGGGACGAAGAUUGGAACGAAUUCAAUGACAUCAACAAGAUCAUUAUACGUCAACCAAUCCGAACCGAAUACAGAAUCGCUUUUCCAUAUUUGUACAACAAUAUGCCCCAUUUUGUGCAUCUUUCAUGGUAUCAUGCACCAAAUGUGGUGUUCAUCAAAACGGAAGAUCCUGAUCUACCGGCGUUCUACUUUGAUCCCCUGAUCAAUCCGAUUGCCCAUAGACAUGCUGUAAAGUCGAUGGAACCACUACCGGAUGACGACGAAGAGUUUACUUUGCCGGAAGAAGUUCAACCAUUUUUGCAGGACACUCCACUCUAUACUGAUAAUACAGCCAACGGAAUUUCCCUGCUAUGGGCUCCAAGGCCUUUCAAUCUUCGAUCCGGCCGGUGUCGUAGGGCCAUCGACAUUCCGUUGGUCAAAUGCUGGUACAAGGAGCAUUGUCCUCCAGGUCAUCCGGUUAAGGUUCGAGUGAGCUAUCAAAAACUUCUGAAGUAUUACGUGCUAAACGCAUUGAAGCACCGUAAACCGAAGCCUCAGAAAAAACGAUAUCUUUUCCGGUCGUUCAAGGCCACCAAAUUCUUCCAGACAACGACGCUGGAUUGGGUUGAGGCAGGGCUACAGGUUUGUCGUCAGGGGUACAACAUGCUUAAUUUGUUGAUUCAUCGUAAGAAUUUGAACUAUCUACAUUUGGAUUAUAACUUCAAUUUGAAACCAGUGAAGACUUUGACCACUAAGGAACGUAAAAAGUCCCGUUUCGGUAAUGCUUUCCAUCUUUGUCGUGAAAUUCUUCGAUUGACUAAGCUGAUAGUCGAUUCGCAUGUGCAGUAUCGGCUGAAUAACGUCGAUGCAUUCCAGCUGGCCGAUGGGCUUCAGUACAUUUUCGCCCAUGUUGGUCAGUUGACCGGUAUGUAUCGGUACAAGUACAAGCUUAUGAGACAGAUUCGAAUGUGUAAAGAUUUAAAGCAUUUAAUCUACUAUCGGUUCAAUACUGGACCGGUGGGCAAAGGUCCUGGAUGUGGCUUUUGGGCCCCAGGAUGGCGCGUGUGGCUGUUUUUUAUGCGUGGAAUCACUCCACUUUUGGAGCGGUGGUUAGGAAAUUUGCUGUCCCGUCAGUUUGAAGGUCGUCACUCCAAAGGAGUAGCUAAAACAGUCACCAAGCAACGUGUCGAAUCACAUUUCGAUUUGGAAUUGCGAGCUUCAGUUAUGCACGAUAUUGUCGAUAUGAUGCCCGAAGGUAUCAAACAGAAUAAAGCCAGAACAAUUCUUCAACAUCUUUCCGAAGCUUGGCGCUGUUGGAAAGCCAACAUUCCGUGGAAAGUUCCAGGGCUGCCUAUCCCUAUUGAAAACAUGAUUCUGCGUUACGUCAAAAUGAAGGCAGAUUGGUGGACCAACACGGCACAUUACAAUCGUGAGCGUAUUCGUCGUGGUGCAACAGUUGAUAAAACCGUUUGCAAGAAGAACCUUGGUCGUUUGACUCGACUGUAUUUGAAAGCUGAACAAGAACGGCAACACAAUUAUCUGAAGGAUGGACCUUACAUUUCACCGGAGGAAGCUGUCGCCAUCUACACCACCACAGUCCAUUGGCUGGAGUCUCGUCGAUUUGCUCCGAUUCCCUUCCCUCCACUGUCGUAUAAACAUGACACCAAGCUACUGAUCUUGGCUCUAGAACGCUUGAAAGAAGCUUACAGCGUCAAGUCGCGUCUCAAUCAAAGUCAACGUGAAGAAUUGGGACUGAUUGAACAGGCCUACGACAACCCCCACGAGGCACUUUCCAGAAUCAAACGUCAUCUUCUGACACAGAGAGCUUUCAAAGAGACUGGCAUCGAGUUUAUGGAUUUGUACAGCCACUUGAUUCCGGUUUACGAUGUAGAACCAUUGGAAAAAAUAACUGACGCUUAUUUGGACCAAUACCUGUGGUACGAAGCGGACAAACGUCGUCUGUUUCCUCCGUGGAUCAAACCUAGCGAUACCGAACCCCCACCGCUGCUGGUGUACAAGUGGUGUCAAGGUAUUAACAAUCUGCAGGAAGUGUGGGACGUUUCGGAAGGGGAGUGCAACGUUCUGCUCGAGUCCCGCUACGAGAAACUGUACGAAAAGAUAGAUCUUACGCUACUCAAUCGACUGCUUCGGCUGAUUGUCGAUCACAACAUUGCGGAUUACAUGACGGCCAAAAAUAACGUCGUUAUCAACUACAAGGACAUGAACCAUACCAACAGUUACGGUAUCAUCCGUGGGUUGCAGUUUGCCUCAUUCAUCGUUCAAUAUUAUGGUCUGGUAUUGGAUCUGCUUGUUCUUGGUCUGCAACGAGCCAGUGAAAUGGUUGGUCCACCUCAGAUGCCCAAUGAUUUCUUAACGUUUCAGGAUGUGGCUACCGAGUCAUGUCAUCCGAUUCGAUUGUACUGUCGGUACGUAGACCGCAUUCACAUCUUUUUCCGCUUUACCGCAGAAGAAGCUAGAGAUUUGAUCCAACGUUAUCUGACCGAGCACCCCGAUCCGAACAACGAAAACAUUGUUGGUUACAAUAACAAAAAAUGCUGGCCUAGAGACGCUCGAAUGCGUUUGAUGAAGCAUGACGUUAACUUGGGGCGAGCUGUGUUUUGGGAUAUCAAAAAUCGUUUGCCACGGUCAGUGACAACGGUGCAGUGGGACAACACGUUUGUGUCGGUCUACUCUAAAGACAACCCGAAUCUGCUGUUCAACAUGUGCGGAUUUGAAUGUCGAAUUUUGCCGAAGUGUCGCACCCAAAACGAGGAGUUCACCCACAGAGAUGGAGUUUGGAAUUUACAAAACGAGGUUACCAAGGAACGCACGGCACAGUGUUUCCUGCGGGUUGACGAUGAGUCCCUCUCGCGUUUCCACAAUCGUGUCCGUCAAAUUCUGAUGGCAUCCGGUUCGACCACUUUUACCAAGAUUGUCAACAAAUGGAACACGGCACUCAUCGGUUUGAUGACCUACUUCCGGGAAGCAGUUGUCAACACCCAGGAGCUGUUGGAUUUGUUGGUGAAGUGUGAAAAUAAGAUUCAGACUCGUAUAAAGAUUGGAUUGAAUUCAAAAAUGCCUUCAAGAUUUCCACCGGUGGUGUUCUACACACCGAAAGAAUUGGGCGGUUUGGGUAUGUUGAGUAUGGGUCACGUGCUUAUUCCGCAGUCGGAUCUGCGAUGGUCCAAGCAAACCGAUGUGGGGAUCACACAUUUCCGGUCCGGUAUGUCUCACGAUGAAGAUCAGUUGAUUCCGAAUUUGUAUCGGUAUAUUCAACCAUGGGAAAGUGAGUUCAUUGAUUCGCAGCGAGUAUGGGCAGAGUAUGCUUUGAAACGACAGGAAGCGAAUGCCCAAAAUAGACGUCUCACUUUGGAGGAUUUGGAAGACAGUUGGGAUCGAGGUAUUCCUCGGAUUAACACCCUGUUCCAGAAGGAUCGUCAUACGUUGGCCUACGAUAAGGGAUGGAGAAUUCGAACGGAAUUUAAACAGUACCAGGUACUGAAACAAAAUCCCUUCUGGUGGACACAUCAACGCCACGAUGGUAAAUUGUGGAACUUGAACAACUAUCGUACCGAUAUGAUUCAAGCAUUGGGAGGAGUUGAAGGUAUUCUGGAACACACUUUGUUCAAGGGAACAUAUUUCCCCACUUGGGAAGGUUUGUUCUGGGAAAAGGCUUCAGGUUUCGAAGAAUCUAUGAAGUAUAAGAAGCUUACCAAUGCCCAGCGAUCCGGUUUGAAUCAGAUUCCAAACCGUCGUUUUACUCUGUGGUGGUCACCGACAAUUAAUCGUGCUAACGUGUACGUGGGUUUCCAGGUACAGUUGGAUUUGACUGGUAUUUUCAUGCACGGUAAAAUUCCGACACUCAAAAUUUCUCUUAUUCAAAUUUUCCGAGCACACUUGUGGCAAAAGAUUCACGAAUCUAUUGUGAUGGAUUUGUGUCAGGUAUUCGAUCAGGAGUUGGAUGCUUUGGAAAUCGAAACGGUGCAAAAAGAAACGAUUCACCCUAGAAAAUCGUACAAAAUGAACUCGUCUUGUGCCGAUAUUCUACUAUUCCCUGCUUAUAAAUGGAAUGUUUCGCGACCUUCGUUGCUGGCCGAUACUAAGGAUACAAUGGAUAACACGACAACACAAAAGUAUUGGUUAGACAUCCAGUUACGUUGGGGUGAUUACGAUUCUCAUGACGUAGAACGGUACGCUCGAGCCAAGUUCCUGGAUUACACCACGGAUAACAUGUCUAUCUAUCCUUCGCCGACCGGUGUACUGAUAGCCAUUGAUUUGGCCUACAAUCUUCACAGCGCCUAUGGAAAUUGGUUCCCAGGUUGUAAGCCACUGAUCCAACAAGCCAUGGCCAAAAUCAUGAAAGCCAAUCCAGCCUUGUAUGUCCUCCGAGAACGUAUCCGUAAAGCUCUGCAGCUUUACAGUUCUGAACCGACAGAACCCUAUCUUUCAUCCCAAAAUUACGGAGAACUGUUUUCGAACCAGAUUAUCUGGUUUGUGGACGACACAAAUGUGUAUCGAGUGACAAUUCACAAGACUUUCGAAGGAAAUUUGACUACUAAACCGAUCAACGGCGCUAUCUUUAUCUUCAAUCCUCGAACGGGUCAGUUGUUCUUGAAGAUUAUUCACACCUCUGUGUGGGCAGGUCAGAAGCGUCUCGGUCAGCUCGCCAAGUGGAAAACUGCUGAAGAAGUAGCUGCCUUGAUUCGAUCACUCCCGGUUGAGGAACAGCCUAAGCAGAUUAUCGUUACCCGAAAGGGUAUGUUGGACCCCCUCGAAGUACAUUUGCUUGAUUUCCCUAACAUUGUCAUCAAGGGAUCCGAGUUGCAGCUUCCUUUCCAGGCUUGCUUGAAGGUAGAAAAGUUCGGUGAUUUGAUUUUGAAGGCAACCGAACCUCAGAUGGUUCUUUUCAACUUGUACGAUGACUGGUUGAAGACCAUUUCUUCAUACACGGCGUUCUCUCGUUUGAUUUUGAUCCUCCGAGCCUUGCAUGUGAACACCGAAAGAACUAAAGUCAUUUUGAAACCAGACAAAACCACCAUAACUGAAGCUCACCACAUCUGGCCCACGCUGAGUGACGAAGAAUGGAUCAAGGUAGAGGUGCAACUUAAAGAUUUGAUUUUGGCAGAUUAUGGUAAGAAAAAUAACGUAAAUGUAGCUUCCCUGACGCAAUCGGAAAUUCGUGACAUCAUCCUUGGUAUGGAAAUUUCGGCUCCUUCAGCCCAACGACAACAGAUUGCCGAAAUUGAGAAACAAACUAAGGAACAAUCUCAACUAACUGCAACCACAACCAGAACAACUAACAAACACGGUGAUGAGAUUAUAACUUCAACGACCAGUAACUACGAAACGACAACCUUCAACUCCAAGACCGAGUGGCGAGUACGAGCAAUUUCUGCUACCAAUCUUCACCUUCGAACCAAUCACAUCUACGUGAGUUCAGACGACAUCAAAGAAACAGGGUAUACCUACAUCCUUCCGAAGAACAUUCUCAAGAAAUUCGUUACCAUUUCCGAUCUUCGGGCGCAAAUCGCCGGUUAUCUGUACGGUGUUAGUCCACCGGAUAAUCCCCAGGUCAAAGAAAUCCGAUGCAUCGUUAUGCCACCGCAGUGGGGUACCCAUCAGCAAAUCAAUCUCCCCAACACACUUCCAUCCCAUCAGUAUCUUAAGGACAUGGAACCGCUCGGUUGGAUACACACUCAACCGAACGAAUUGCCGCAACUAUCUCCGCAGGACAUUACUACCCACGCUAAGGUCAUGUCCGAGAAUCCCAACUGGGAUGGUGAAAAAACUAUCAUCAUCACCUGCUCAUUUACACCCGGAUCAUGUUCCCUGACAGCCUACAAACUGACACCAUCGGGGUACGAGUGGGGUCACAAAAACACCGACAAAGGCAACAACCCGAAGGGUUAUCUUCCCUCCCACUACGAGCGGGUCCAGAUGUUGCUGUCCAACAAAUUCCUGGGCUUUUUCAUGGUUCCGUCGCAAGGCAGCUGGAAUUAUAACUUCAUGGGCGUCCGGCACGAUCCGAACAUGAAGUACGAGCUGCAGCUGGCCAACCCGAAGGAGUUUUAUCACGAGGUGCAUCGACCGUCACACUUUUUGCUGUUCUCUAGCUUAGAGGAGGGUGCCGAAGGAAACGGUGCCGAUCGGGAGGAUUUGUUUGCGUAAUUUCGGUAGAUUUUGCUCUGUGGGGAUUUUGUCUUUUGUUAAUUGCAUUAGUUUUUCUUUCUCGCUUUAAGUUGAUUUUAACGCAAACAAUAUGUACAUAAAGUCUGAUUCUUAAAAAGGAAACCUUUAACUGAAUAAACACUUUCAAUAAUA